AUGUCUAGUGGCACGGCGCUUUUUACUUCGGUCCCUUUGCUUCCUAGGCGUCCUACUUCCAUGGCCUCAGAGAUGGCGGAUUUUCAAGAUAUGUGGCAAGACAUCGAGAGUGUUUUGUUAGGAGACAUGAACAGCCCGUGUAUUCAUAACGGAAUGCAAUCCGUCCAGACAGACACCCGAUCACUCCCACCUUCCACCCUCAACUCGCCCGAGAUCACGGUAGUACCGCCGGGACACCAGCUCACAUCGCAGCAACAGCAGCAGUUGCAAUCGCCUGCAGCCACGCUCCAGUACGUGCCACCGCCUCAGCUAGCAGAUUCCUGCCGACUGGAAGAAAGCCGCUUGGAUAUAGAUUUAGGGAUAACAUUAGAAGGCAUUAAGCAGACAUACAACGAAGAAACACCUUUAAAUUCUAACGUUAAAUGUGAAAUGGUUCUGACUGAGCAGCUACCUGACGUCAUUGGUACAGAGUCUCUUCAUAUGUAUAAUCAUAACCCUUAUGGCCAGAGGUACGUCCCGGCAUCGUCUGAUGUCAAAACUGAAAAUCAGCAUUACCAUAACCACUUAGGUACGGAAUAUUUCAGUGGUCACUGGGCAGCCUACAACUGUACGAUGCCGAGUAAUCACGUCUCUCCUCCCGCUACUCCAGAUAAUCAUGCAAUCAGAUACACUUAUCAGGCUGACCAUUACGGAGGCUACCAUCCCGCUAUGGCCAAAGCAUCCACCGGAUUAUUACGCCCUCAUCCAUCAACAACCAUGCCCCAUUGUUAUUCUUCCCCCUAUCCUACUCAAUCCAGAAUGGUCACUUCUCCAACUUCUCCUCAUCUUGCCGAGUUGCUGGCUACUGGCCGAGGGCCGGUUGUGGGCAACACAUUAUGUGGUGGUGUUAAUCUUCAUCCUCCACCCCCCAAACCUCGCCGUGUUCGCCGCUCCAGAGGCCCCAAAAAAGUAACGAUUCACACAUGUUCUUAUCCCGGCUGUACUAAAACGUAUUCUAAAAGUUCACACCUGAAAGCUCAUCUUCGAACUCAUACUGGUGAGAAACCUUAUCAGUGCACGUGGAAGGGGUGUGGUUGGAAGUUUGCUCGCUCAGACGAACUGACCAGACACUACCGAAAGCACACCGGUGACAGACCUUUCCAAUGUCGUCUAUGUGAACGCGCUUUUUCUAGGUCGGACCACCUGUCACUUCACAUGAAGAGACAUACAGAAAUUGUCUGA